UCGUUUUGUUUGGAUCAUGUUUCCGUGACAAUCAUGAGAGAACGGAGUAAAAGUUUUUCGAACGCAAAUUUCAAAUAUUUAUUUAAAUAGCUAAAAAUGAACGAUUUCACCUUGCAAUCCAUUGCGGCCGACCUAGUACCGUCUAAUUACCUAUCAAUUGCGAAUAAUGCUCGUGUCAGCCGUGAUAAACUAGUCAAAGUUCUGCUGGAAAAGAAAAAGCUCCCCGAGCAUGGCUGGGAAAACAGCACCAUCGAGUACCUGGUCGAUGGACUGGCCCUGCUGGACAGCAACAAUUUCCCCAGCCGAUGCGGCGUCGGAGAACGCGAGGCCAGGGUUGUGUGCGAACUGGUCCGCAAACGCCACUACGGUUUCGCCCACGGCAUUGGGCGAUCCGGCAACCUGACCGAGGCUCAACCGAAGGCGGCCGGCUCGACAAUCAUGGCAAAUUUAACAAUCUGCCUGGUGCUGGAUUUGCUCCGAGAAAUGGGCAUCCGAAGCUGCAAAAAGGCGCUGCUAGUGCCGUUGGCGACGGGAAUGUCCGUUAUGAUGGUGCUGAGUGCGCUGAAGGCCAGCAGACCGGAUGCGCGGUACGUGCUGUGGUCCAGAAUCGAUCAAAAGUCGUGCUUUAAAAGUAUCGUAACGGCCGGGUUGAUUCCGGUGGUAAUUGAUACGGUUCCGGCGGAGGAGCGGGGUGAUCCGAUACUGGGGACUAACGUGCAAGCUUUUCGAGACAAGGUGGAGGAACUUGGUGCGGCCAAUGUUUGUUGCAUUCUUUCGACCACGAGCUGUUUUGCGCCACGAACGUGUGAUCAGAUUGCUCAGCUUGCGGACUUGUGUCGCUGUAAGGAGAUUCCUCACGUGGUCAACAACGCGUACGGGCUGCAGAGUUCCUAUUUGACGCACCAGAUUGAGCAGGCUGGCCGGCUUGGUCGGGUGGAUGCGUUCGUCCAAAGCACGGACAAAAACCUGCUGGUUCCUGUGGGAGGCGCAAUCAUAGCCGGGUUUGACUCGGCAAUAAUCGAUCAAAUUGCGGCACUUUACCCGGGUCGGGCCUCCAGCUCACAGAGCUUGGACGUCCUAAUGACGCUGCUAUCGCUGGGAAAGACCGGCUUCCAGAAACUCGUCGCCGAACGGAAGCAACUUCACCAACAUCUGCUAGAGCAACUAGCUUCAGUUGCCAAGCAGUACGGAGAAUCGGUCAUAAGUGGACGCAAUCCCAUUUCGGCAGCCCUAACGUUGCGAAGCUUCGGUGAUAACGCGCAGAUGAUUGGUUCUAUGCUGCAACGCCGGGGAGUUUCCGGCUGCCGGGUGGUGACCGGUCGCGAGACAAAAACAAUCGCAGAACACACGUUUGGCGCGUGGGGUUCACACUCGUCGGAUGGUGAGCACGUGGGGCCGUACUUGACGGCCAGUGCAGCGCUUGGGGUGACACGGGGAGAGAUUGACACUUUUGCUAAAAAGCUACAACAGGUGCUCAAGGAGCAGAAAGUCGGGGAGGGUGAAAAUAGCGAGUUAAACAAUCAAAUAAAAUAAAUGACUGUCUAAUGAAA